UCAUACGCGAACAGAACGAAAUCGUGAAUGUUUACCACUGCAGCAGACGCAUUUUCGUUUUGGGACAAAAUAUUGUAAUUGUAAUCACGGUAGACGUAUAUCGUCCUGGAAUUUGUGCUCCAAAGAACUAAAGUUACAUGUGAACAAUUGUAUUUCACAAGGGACGUCGCUAUAAACUUCUAAGGAAGUGGCCAUGGCUGGUCGAGAUGUGCUUCAGGAUGCCAAAGAAAUAGAGUUAAGGAGAUUGGCUUUGAAAAUGAGUGACGCCGUUUCGCAGUUAAAGAAUGCUCGAAAUGACAUCGAAUACGGUGCUUUUGAAGGCCAAAGCAGAGGAACGGGAAGGGGUAAAAGGAAUCGAGGAGGCUCUUCAACCCCUUCGCCACUUGACUACCAUAGCAGCAAUUCUGAUAAUUUUAAUCCUGAAUUCAGAGGUCGAUUUUCAGGUUUAAAUCGAAAUCCGGGUCGAGGCAAAGCUCAAGACCGUGGCUGGGGUCGAGGUCGAGGUCAAAGUCGAGGAAGAAGUCGGAAUCGUGGUGGCUACCAGCCUCAUCAAUAUAGGAGACACCCAAGCCCUCCCCAUGAGCCCGAGGAAGGAAGCUGGAGCCAGAAUCCAACCAUUAACUUACCUCCAAAGGUUCUUGUGGAUGCGCUAAUCAAGUCUCAGGAUUUAACUGCAAGCCUGCUAGAGCUCAUGGAGCACGAAGGACUCUCGCCUUCAGCAGUGAGAGUAGCUGUGUCUCAGUAUCCAAAGGUUUUUUACCGAAAUGGGGAAAAGGUGGAACUGCGGCCAGAAAUCAAAGUGUGCUCUUUUCACUCAGGCCCUGAAGGAUGCCGGGACCGUACAGCCUGUAGGAAUAUACACAUUUGUCAGCAACACGUCAGAAAUUCAUGCAAGGAUGCUCAUUGUGUCUUCGGCCAUAAGUGGCGUACUGAUCACAAUAUGGCAGCUCUUCGUUCAUAUUACAUAGAUCAUAUCCCUGUACCACUUUUACAAAAGAUUUUGGUUCAUUCUCUACACACAGGAGCUCCUGUUGGUAAAAUAACUAUUUGUCUUGGAUACAAUACAACGGCUUGCAGCAAAGACGACUGUACUUCACUUCAUAUUUGCCAAAGUUUUGUUGUAAAUCGAACUAGAUGUCAACAGAAAGGAUGUAAAUUAAAUCAUGAUUUACUGACUGCUCAGUGUUGUAAAGUUCUCUCGGCUCAUGGUUUCUCAACCAAUGAAACCCCACGCGAUAUUGUUAUAGCAAUAUUAGCUGCAAAUUCCGAAAUUCCUCAACAGGAUAUGAAACAAAAUGCUGUUGAUUCACAGGACACCAAAUCAGUGAAUAGAAGUGUAUCUGAUAACACUGACAAACGGAAGGUAGAAUCUAAAUUUUCAGAGGCAAAUAAGAGUUCUGUUUCUGAAGAUUCUGAGAGUGCCUCUUCAGAUGAUGAAAAUGGUGAUCAGUCAGACAAAAGUGAGAGUGAAACCAAGUCAAGUAGUUUGAAAUCUGGAAAAGCUCUAGAUAUGAAAGAAGAUAAUGUUCGUAGUGAAACAACAAAAACUGACAGUGAUACAAUGAAAUUAAAGCUUUCCCCUGCUUGUAGUGCAUCUCUAUCUAAAGGCACCCCAGUAAUAAUUAAGACUUAUUGGGCACAGGAUGUUCAAGGAAAUGUGGCUGUCCCUGAGAUAUGCUAUUACUCUGUUGAAGGAAUGUGCAGGGACGAAGGUUCAGGCUGCAAGAGACUCCAUUCCAGUGAGCAUUUCCACUGGCAAGUGAUGAAGCAGAAUGAGAAUUGGUACAAUUUGCCAGAACAGCAGGUGAUUACUUUAGAACAUUCCUUUUGCAAUCCCGCAGAAGACGGCGUCGAUUUACCUCGGAUAGAUCCUACUCAUUUGAAGGCGUCAGCUAGAGGUCUUCUUAUAUUAAUGGGACGUGAUACCUGGUCAGCCGAUUUCAAAACAAUGAUGCUGACUAACUCGUCUAAAAGUCAAAUACUGAAAAUACGCAGGUUAUGUACACAGUACAUAGAUGGACAAGAGAUUAAGCCAUCCAAUUUCCUUUGGUACUUCUUGGAUAUAAAGAAAAACUGGGUUCAAUAUGGACUUUCUGAUACAACAGGGGAGGCUAAAUUAAUAGUAAAUGCAACAUCUAAAGACAUUGAAAAACAUUACCGUCAAAAUCCAGCAUCCACUUAUUCCUUCAAGAGUACAGCUUUCCAUUAUGUCUUAGAUUUCACGAGCAUGACUCAGACAAAUCAGAAAACAAAUGUAGUAAGGCAGGUGAGACGACGUCCUGAGCCUCACCUAAAAGACCAGAAGCAAGACUCUGAAGAUGAGAAGAAGCCCAAAGACCUUCCUUCGUCAUGGGAGAUAAUGCAACCUGAAGAAAGGGUCCGUACAGUAACUUUGGCCCCAUCCUCAAGUGAAUACCAGACAGUCACUGCUCUUUUGAAUGGCCAUAUUUCUACUUAUGUCAUCAAGAUUGAUAGGGUACAGAAUCCAUACUUGUGGCGUGCAUUUGGAAACAAGAUUACUGAAAUGUCAUCCGUGCUAGGUGACAAAACGAAAGUAGAUGUCCGGCAGUUAUUCCACGGUACAAACCAUAAUGUGGUUUCUAGUAUCUGCGCAGAAAACUUUGACUGGCGUCUUCAUGGUUCAAGCACUGGACAACUUUAUGGUCGUGGGACCUAUUUCUCAACUGAUGCUGCAUACUCUUAUAAUUAUUGUGGACCCGAUGGUGCAGGAAUGAAAAACCUUUUUAUUGCACAGGUUGCAGUGGGAGCUUUUACCGUUGGCAACUCAUCGAUGGUGCGACCUCCUCCCAAUCCUGCAACUGGCAUGCUUUUUGACUCAACUGUGGAUCGGGAAAGCAAUCCAAGCAUCAUUGUCAAAUAUGAUAAACAGGAAUAUUACCCUGAGUACAUAUUAACUUUGACAUAAUAUUGACCGUUGUAUGAUAGUUGCCACUUAAAUGGCCUUGUUCAACCUGCAUCUGUGUUUGUUUGCUGAUUUUCAAAGUACACCACUACACUUUUCCAGACUAGGGCGAUUAGCGUCGUUGGGGGAGGGGUAAAACUGGGGAUUAAGAGGACACGUACCCUGUCCUCUGAAGAUCCUCACAAUAUCUUAUUAAAUGACAAAUAUGUUUACCAUUAAUUAUGCAACAAUGUCUUCAAAUUAAUUACCAUUGAAGUUAAGCUUUGAUUCUUGUUUGUGGUAAAGGGACCAGUGGUCUGAUUUUAUUUUUGCUAAACAAUGUCUAAAAAAAAUAUGUGGUACAAGUAAUUUUUUACAGAGACUGCAUGAAAAAAUUGCAUGACUAUAUUUUCCUUUCUUUUACCAUCAUGUAACUGUAGAGGCUUGAUGUAUGGGGAUAUAUACUAUAAAUUUAAGAACCACUUUUUAUCACCCCUGUUUUAUCAUAAUACAUUCUUGAGAUUGAUAACCCUACAAACCUUACACGGUUGAUGGUGUCAUUUCAAAAUAAAUAUGUAAUGUUCAUUGGAAUAUGAUGGCUGGUAGUAUGGAAUGUCAUUAUUUAUCAAUAUCUGAUUUUAACUGAUAUUAUGCCUUUAUUUGGUUUAUAUUUACUUGUAAAUAAUGGAAGUAGAUAAUCACAGAUCUUUAUGUUGUUUUGCCUGACCAGAACAUAGUCCUAUUUUUUCAAGGCCAUUGCUCUUUAAGUUAUAGCCACUCAUGCCCGUGAAUCGAAAUAAGACAAUGGUCAGUGUUGCAAGUAAGAGCACAUGGAGGCAGCAAAUGAUUAUAGCUUUCAAUACGCCCGGGUUAUUAUUUGGUAAAUUGAAUCUUUAACAAGAAUGAUUUGCCUCCGACUGUGUUUUGACAUGUAUCAUUAUAUCAUAUGCAGUAUUUUAAUAAACGCUCAAAAUAUU